AUGUCGUUUGUUUCAAAAGAUAAAGAAAAUAAUGAAAAUGGUUGGUCAUCAGAAGCAUUACUUGAAUUAUCUGAUACUGCUCAAGAACAAUUACGUACGUUAGAAAGAAUUAAUUUAACUAAUAUUCAUACAAAAUGUCAACAAGAACUUGAAUCAUGGCAUUCAUCAGCUACUGCACAUUUAGGUCAAAUAUAUUCACAACGUUUAGCUGAUUUAGCUCAAGUUUAUACUCAAGAUGUUUGUCCUGAUGCGGAAAAAUUUAAACAAAAAAUGAUUGAACAACUUAAAAAUCGUAUUAUGCCACGAAUAACUAAAAUUCUCGAUGAUCCAACACCUGAUCCAGAAAAAGUAGAUAAAAUGCAGAAUUUAUUAUGUCAUAUAAAAUCUGAAUGUAAUAUGAUGCGUGAUCGUCAAUGGAUUCGUGUUCAAUUACCUGAUAUAAAAAGUUUAUCGAUUCCAAUAAAAAUAACUAAAACGGCUCCAUCAACUCAUUUGAGUGAACAUGAAAAAGAUCUAUUUGAAGAUUUAAGUGAUGAUGAAAGUAAAAAAGAAGAAUCACCUGUUAAAAAAAAACGUAAAACAAGUUCAAUUGAUAUAAUGGAUAUAUUUACUAUAAAUCCUGAACCAAUUAAAAAUUAUUCAUUAGAUACAAAUUCAUCAACAUUAACACUUUCAAAUACUCAUAUUCUUCUUCAUGAUAAUCAUAAAUUAACUUUAUUUGAUUAUCAUAGAAAAUUAAAUGAAUUUCAAUGGAAUGAUAAUGAUUACGGUAUUCUUGUUGAUAUGUGUUGGAUGUCAUCAUUAUCUGUAUUUGUAAUAUUAACAAUUCAUUCUGUAUAUUUAUAUGAUCCAAUAAAACCACAACCAAAUCUUCCAGUUAAAAUAGAUGCAAUUCAACCAUUAGAUCGAUCACAUGUAUUAUCAUCAUUAACACCAUUUGAACGUGAUAUAUAUAUAAAUUAUCAUAAAGGUGUACAUAUAGAUCAAUAUCGUGUAUCAUUAACAUCACAAUGGUCAUUAGAAAAACGUUAUUCAAAAUCUGAUUGUUGUGAAACAAAAGAUAUUGGAGUGCGUGAUGUUCGAUGUGAUUCACAAUAUAUGUGUUUAUCAAUAAUGCAACAAGAUGAUUUAAAAUGGAGAUUAGAUAUAAUGUCACGUGAUAUGAAAAGAAUAAGACGUGGAAUUCCAAUGGAUGCUGGAGAAAAUCAACAUAAAUUUUUUUCAAUGCUUAUACCACUUCAUGAUCAACGAUGGUUAUUUGUUAAUUGGUAUACAAACAAACUUUGGAUGGUUGAUCAACAAGGAAAACCUAAAUUAAUUAAAGAAAGUAAAAUAAGAAAUAUUCGAAAUAUUUGUAUUGCUCCAAAUGGUUCUUAUAUGGCUAUUAGAACUGAAAAACCAACAGCUCUUAAACUUUAUAAACUUGAUUAA